CGUAGUCUCAGUCAUGUCGGGGGUGUCGUCGUGAACGUUGGCCUCGCGCUCUGACCGAACAACGCGUCGAGCGACACGUGCAAGUGUCGAUCCGUAGACCCGAGCCCUGAAUUUUUAACCCUUCGCCUUCCGGUGGUCACCGCAACCUCGAAACAAGACCCCAAGAUUCCGAACACUCCGAGGCAGAGUAGGACACCGAAGAAAAAGGAGAAGAUUGAAGAUAGGGAUGUGAAGUUUUCGGUAAAGUAGGAUGAAAAAGGUGCCUCUGUUCCAAGGUAGAGAGCGAUGCCCCUCACCGUUGGUUCAUGGUAGAGGAUCAUUGGGUUCGGGAUUCAGCUUCGUAAAUGAGUCGUUGAAGCUGAUCGAACUACGUUAGAAGUAGCUAUUACGGUGGUCAGUAGGCUGUGCUGGUGGGAGAUAAUUUUUUGUCUGUCAGUGAAUAUAAGUGGACAAAAGUUGUGUUAAACAAACAUAAUAAAGUACAGUUUAAGCGAAGGGAUUUUUUUUAAUAAACUGGCACGAUAUAAAUCUUGAAUAUGAGCACGGUGUUGCUGUAGGUCCAUCAGGACGUCGAGAAAACGGAACUUUGAAGUUCGGUAUGAGUACAGGAGGUAUUCUCAACGAGGCGACAAGAUGACGAGGCGUAAUGUUUUGGCGGGUGCACGCCGCGCCAUCCUCUUUGCGGGGGUCUUGGCUUUGCUUAUCCUGGCGUUAUCGAACCCUGAAAAUUCCAACGAAAUAUCCCAGCCCGCUGUAGCAGAGGAGGAGGCGAGGACCAUCGAGGAGCGUAUAAUGGAGGAGGAAAGGUUGGUGGAAACGGAGUAUCGACUAGCCGACAGGCGUAAUUUCCUGACGGAAAAGUGCGCGGAGGAGGGUUUGGACAAACCUGGAAACGACUCGCUCCACAAGCCGAACGCCUGGGAGUUCCUCGUUAACAGGCAGCAUCACCUCAUCUGGUGCAACAUCUUCAAGGCGGCCUCAACCUCGUGGAUGUACAACUUCAAUCUACUUGCAGGGUACAGCGCGCAGUUUUUGAAGGCGUCGAAGACAGUUCCGCUGACAUUGGCACGUCAAAGGUACCCGAGACCAACGGCAAAAGAACUCGCGACGUAUUUGAACGACAGUGUCAGUUUCCUGAUAGUGCGUCAUCCGUUCGAGAGACUUUUGAGCGGUUACAGAGAUAAGCUCGAACAGAGUCUGCCCAACACUUAUCACAGCAAACUUGGAGUGCACAUUUUGUCGCAUUACAGACGGAAGACGGCAAGCGGCGGUCGCCAAGGACCAAGAUAUCCGCUCUUCGAAGAAUUUGUCAGAUGGCUUUUGUGCGAAUGGAAAGCCGGCAACGAGUUGGACAUGCACUGGACACCGAUUGCCAAUUUUUGCACACCGUGUCAAGUGCGGUUCGACGUAAUAGCGAAGUUCGAAACACUCCACGACGAUCAGAAUUAUCUGAUAAAACACGCUCACUUAGAUCACGUCAUAAAACCGGAGUGGAAAAACCCGACUCGCGGUACGCAGACGAAAAACGCUGUCAAAAGUUACUUCACGCAGCUUACCAAAUCUCAAAUCCGAGAUCUCUAUCAAAUGUUUAGAUACGAUUUCAUCCUGUUCGAUUAUUCGCCGGACGGUUACUUCGAACUUGGCAGAGAAGACGACGCGACGACUUUGUCGCCAAAGAAUUAGAAACGAGACUUGAAAAAUCGCAUUCGCUGUGAAGUGGAUUACAUGAUGGUAGAAAAAAAGGGGUGAAAAUCAAGAUUGAGAAAACGGGGGAAAAAACAAACCGAGAAAAUUAAGGGGGUUAAAAAAAAAAUAAUUGGAACGUUGAUCGACGCGCGACUGUGGAGAUAUAAGAAAAAGAAAAUGCGAAGACUGCCGGCUCCUGGACGUGAGAGAAAAGGGGGAAAAUAUCGGAAAGACGGGGUGAAAUUACUGCAGGAUACCUGUCUUCCACUUCUAUCGAUUUCACCCUUCCCAGACAGCUAACUCAAGCACUAAAAAUGCUUAAACGGGUUUCCCCCUGAAGACACGAACACUUUAAUUAGGAACAAAAAUAUUUUCCCCCAUGAAACUGUUUCCGAGAGAAAAGUAGAGAGUAGAAAUAUGCUUCAUCCAAAGUAACGAGGUGAUGAGUAAAAAGAUGGAAUGAAAUUCAAUCGAAGUGCAGAAAAAUUGAUCCGUUGAAAUAAUAAAAAUUUGAAACACGUGAACGUUAUUUAAUUGUAAGUUUUUAUCCGUAGCCUUAAUUGAUCGAUAAAAUUACCAUCAAAAGGAACAACAAAUAUUUAAAAAUUCAUUACCACCGAUUUGAAUUCUCUGUCACUGCAAUCAUUGUAUAACGUGUUUCGGAAUACGAUUUAACAUCUGAACUGGUAAAAAUAACCUCUCCGCGUUGAGAGUAAAAACGCCGGUAAAAAAAAAUGUACUACAAACAAAAUAGAUAAAAAAAAAAAAGAAAUGUUAUUGCCGUUAUAUAAUACGUAACAAUGAAUACACAAAUGUAUACACAUCAAAUGCAUAUGAAAUAUGAGUAACUAAUAGCAAUAAUAAAUUAGGAAAGGCGAAAUUAAACCGGCUACUGCACGAUCAUAUUUUAAAUAUUAUAAGGUUGAAUUUACACAGUUUCGUUAAUCUUCCACGAGUGUGACGUGUAUUUGUCUGUGUGUGCGUGUGUUAAGAUAAUUUUCAACCCUAGACUUUGCAGUUCAAAUUGUUCGUUGAAGAAA